AAGGGGCUGGUUGAAAACAUCAGAUUUCUCCACAUUAGCAGCGAGGCACAGUCUGGUGGCCUGUGGAGUGAGUCCGGGGCCAUGGUGACUGUGAUCACAGUCCUGAAGUUUUUGAGCGUGUUUGUUGCAGAGCUCAUCAGCUCCCUCACAGACUGGUUCCAGACCCAACCAGCAUGGGCCAAACUAGAAGUGCUGGAGGAAACAGAACUGAAGGCCACUGGAGGCGUCCAUGAACGACACAAGGCCAGAACUCUGUGGGAGAAAACUGGAGCUGUGGUCAUGGUUGUACGGCGACCUGGAUGAUUAUUAUGCAGAGAGGAGGCUGCUGAGCUGUCCUCUCUGAAGUCCCAGCUGCAGGACCUUGAAGUCCCUCUUUUUGCUGUGGUGAAAGAAAACCUUGGCAAGGAGCUGGACUGCUUCAAGAAGUUCUUCUCUGGGAAGGUCUACGUGGAUCAGCAGAGAAAUUUCUACGGCCCGCAAGAGCGAUGGAUGUUUCUCUCCAUGCUUCUGCGUAUUGGUGUGUGGAGGAACCUCUGGCGGUCUUAUCGGAGGGGCUUCAGGGGAAAUCUAAGAGGUGAAGGGCUUGUCCUGGGUGGAGUCUUCGUCAUUGGGCCUGGAGAUCAGGGUAUUCUACUGGAGCACCGAGAGAAGGAGUUUGGGGAUAAAGUGAAUAUGCUGGCAGUACUCAGAACAGCUCGCAAAAUGCAAGAGGACAUGGCAAGAUAGAUCUUAACAUGUGAAUGAAUGGACUGUUUGUUAGUGUGGCAUUUUCUGAUAGUGUUUCUAUAUGCAUGUCUUUGAGUCUAAGCCUGGAUUUUUUUUUUCUGCAGCACUAUAUAGGCCUAGGCCCCUAACAUGUUAUACUCUGCUCAUAUUGCAACUGCAUAAAGCAUUGAGUCUUUUUUGGCUGCUGAUAAUUGCCUGGUGUGUUAUGCAAUACCACAACUCUGAAACUAAACUGUUUAAUGACCCACAGUCUGCAUGUCUGGUCCUAGGUUGUGUGGUGUUUUUUUUGUAUGUUUUAAUGAAGAUCUGUUUCUAAACUCUACUGACAGAACAGCUCUGACACCAGCAUACACAAAUCCAACACUUUUAACAAGACAGAUUUGGCCUCGACAUGAUGGAGAAUAAACAGCUGAAGUGAUCAAGAACUUUUUGUGUUUGACGUCUCACAAUAAAACAAUACACCAGA